UCUUUUGGCGAUUGUGUUGCUUUUUAUCGUUAUCUGUUUGUGCCAGUUAAAUGCAGGCCUUCAUGACCGUCUCAAAGCCAAUGCUAUGCCAACAUUAGGAGUUGAGUCCGGAGUGGCUGAUGUGACUUUUCCUGUUUUUCUGCAUGUUUCACCCUGCAUGAGAGAGUUAUGCUCCCAUCUCUCUCUCUCUCUCUGUUCUCUGUAUGGUGUUGCCAAGCUGACUGUUCUAGAAAAUAGUAGAUACUGAUCUGCUUGACUGUUCCAUAACACACAGGGAGUGGUAGGCCACUGUGUGCUGAGGCAGAGUGUAACUUGUGUACGCUGGGUGUCGGGAUGCAAGUACAGGGAGUGACUUUAAUAAUAAAUAACACAAGGAACAAAACAAGAAACACGAGUAGCGUACAGACAUGAAACACUGAAACAGAAACAAUAACGCCUGGGGAAGGAACCAAGAGGAGUGGCAGAUAUAGGGGAGGUAAUCAGGGAGGUGAUGGAGCACAGUGUAUCCUUCUCUCUGCAGCCAUGCUGUCUCAGUUGGAGAGAUCCAUGCAGUCCCUGAUCACGGUGUUCCAUCGCUAUGCCGACAAGGACGGUGACUGUAACACACUGAGCAAGAAGGAUCUGAAUGAACUCAUGCAGUCAGAACUGGCCAGCUUCCUGAAGUCCCAGAAGGACCCAGCCGCCAUAGACAAGAUCAUGAAGAAUCUGGACCAGAAUGGUGAUGGGAUGGUAAACUUUGAGGAGUUUGUCUCCCUGGUGGUGGGCCUCUCCAUCGCCUGUGAACAGAUCUACCAGCUCCACAUCAUGAAGGCUUCUGCCAAGAAGUGAAGGAGGACAGGACAAGGAGAAAGAGGAAGAGAAGCAGAAAUGGAUGCUUUUCUAUGUCAUUUUGCUUUUCUAUAUGUCAAAUAAACCACUUUAUAAGAAGUCUUACUGUUGUGAAUAAACAGUGACUUUCCCGCUCUCUCUGUUUGUCA